ACAACUGACAUCAUUUUGAGAAGAGCUGACUAUAAGAAGAGGAAGACUAACUAGAGAAAAGGAAAAGCAGAGACUUGUGUAACUGGAUGUGGGCUGAGAGUCUGGGCAUAACAUUUACACACUACUUUCCAGGCAAUGUCACAGCUACACAUACUGUCAGUCUACACAGUCAAGGAAGGAAAGUGUCAAACUCAGUCCCUCUCUCAACACAUACACAGAACAUAGUCUCUGUGUUUUUCUACAUCAUCAGGAGACAGUCAGGUGGAUCUCUGUGUUUCUGAUCAGCUUAGUCCUUCACAUCACUGCAGGAAAUGAAGGCUGCACCCUGGCUGGUCCUAACAAUCCAUUGCAGGUGAUGACAGCCUACAUUGGGCAGACUGUGCUCCUGCCCUGCUCCUGUCAUGAACCUCAGUUUGAACAUCCCAAAAUCACAUGGUUCUUCUUUAAAAAUGGCAAAGGACCGGAAAUAAAAUUAAACCAGAAUGAUCACUUCAAAGUGAAGAUGUUUAGUGCUGGCACCUUUCCUGGGAAUCUCUCUGUCCUCCUCUCACACUUCAAUGAGGAGGAUCAGGGGGAUAUACAGGUGUCAAAUCACCAACAACCACUACAGGGAUGUUGGACUCAAAGCUAAAGAAUGCACUCUGUCAGGCACUAGUCAGAUUGACUUCACUAUCUACUCAGGCCAGUCUGUCCUCCUGCCCUGCUCCUGCACUGACCCCAAGACUAAACCUAACAGCUUCACAUGGCAUCUCUAUAAAAAAAAAAACAGUGGCUCUUGGGUAACAUUAACCCAGAGUGCCGAAGUGGAGAUAUUUAAUACUGAGAACUCUCCUGGAAACCUCUCUGUCCUCCUCUCACACUUUACCAAGUCGGAUGUGAGACAAUACAGGUGUGGCAUCAACAACGGCCAAUACAGAACUUUCAAUCUCAUUGUUAAAGAGUCAGAGCAACCCAAAACACUCACUACCACCAAACGUCCAACAGUACCUCCACUCAAAACACCCACAACUAAAACAUCCCUACCAACUGCAUCUAAAGGAGGGAAAGGGAGGAAUUCAGGAGAAACUCCAUCUACAUCCCUUGACCCCAAUAAUUUCAUACUGGCUGUUCUACCAGUCAUGCUGAUAAUUGCUGGAGUGGCUCUGUACAUAUACAGGAGGAACAAAGGAGGAUCCAUCAGUGACAUACUCCACCAUCGACCACAUGAAAGGAAAGGGGAAAGCAGCUGUGAGUCUGGAGAGUAGUGGAGAAACAGAGUAUGCCAGCAUCAAGAUAGGCAGAUCCUCCUAGAGCCACUAUACAGUAGGCCUACUACUAUUGGCUCACAGCCCUAUAAUGCAUAUAGCUCUGAUAUUGUGCCCAGUAUCAUGUGGUUUUAUCUGGCACACAUGACUGUAAAUAUAUGUUUCAUCUCCACCUCAGUAAGACAAGAUUAGUGCUUAGCUGUUCACAGGAGAUCAGAUGUUGGCCAACCUAACACUGUAGAGAAGAGAUUAGCAAGAUUGGUGAAGUAACAAGAUGAAAUGUUUGUUUUUGUGUAGCAGAGACAACGAGCCGUAUAUGUCUUAAAGUUUAUUUAGUUCCUUUUUA